GCCGUGCCCCCCGUCCCCGCCCCUGUCCCCGCCCUGCCCGCGGCUCGGCGGGCGCGAUGCGGGCGCUGCUGGCGGCGGCGCUGGCGCUGUGGGCGCUGAGCGCGGCGUGCGGGGAACCCCGCGCCGACUACGACCGGGAGGCGCUGCUCGGCGGGCAGGAGGAGGCGGAGGAGUUCGCGCGGCUCAGCCCCGAGGAGCGGCGGCGGCGGCUGCGCGCCAUCCUGCGGCGGAUCGACUCGGACCGCGACGGGCUCCUCGCGAAGGAGGAGCUGAGUUCUUGGAUACGGCAGUCAUUUAAACACUAUGUUACGCAAGAAGCUAAGCAACACUUCAAUGAUUAUGACAAGGAUGGUGAUGGAUUAGUGUCUUGGAAGGAGUAUAAUAUGCAAAUGUAUGAUCGUGUAAUUGAUUUUGAUGAGAACACUGUCCUGGAGGAUCAAGAAGAAGAAUCAUUUCGACAGCUUCAUUUAAAGGAGAAAAAACGUUUUGAAAAGGCUAAUAGAGAUGAUGUUCCCGAUCUAAAUGUGGAUGAAUUUGUUGCUUUUGAACAUCCUGAAGAAGCGGAGUACAUGACGGACUUUGUUAUUCAGGAGGCUUUAGAAGAACACGAUAAAGAUGGUGAUGGAUUUGUUAGCCUGGAAGAAUUCCUUGGUGAUUACAGAAGAGACCCAACUGCAAGGGAAGAUCCAGAGUGGAUACUUGUUGAGAAAGAUCGGUUUGUGAAUGACUAUGAUAAGGAUAAUGAUGGAAAACUCAACCCUCAAGAGCUGCUGUCUUGGAUAGUACCUAACAAUGAGGGCAUUGCCCAAGAGGAGGCUCUUCACCUUAUUGAAGAAAUGGAUUUGAAUGAUGAUAAAAAGCUUUCUGAAGCAGAAAUUUUUAAGAACCAGGAUUUGUUCCUCAACAGUGAAGCCACGGAUUAUGGGAGGCAGCUUCAUGAUGAACGUUUCUACCAUGAAGAACUUUAGGUUAUUUAUUUUGUAAUCUGUUUUUCUUCCCUUUCUUGCAUUUGGAGCUUUUGUUAAAAGCACCCGUCAGCUAUGUUGCAGGUUUUAUGCUGUAACUACAGUACACUAAUGAUUGUGUAAAUAAUUUGCAUUCAAAAUUUAAUUGCCCUCCUGCAGACCUCCUUGGGCCUAUUCUAGCCUUCCAAAUUAAUCUUAAAUACUUCCAAAAUUAUAUAGCAUUGGGAAAUAAAUUACUUCAGGGGUAGUACUGUAUUGCAAAGACUUGUUCUACUGUACUUGAAGAAAUGGAGAAUCUGAGUGAUUCUGAAAGAAUGCAUAACAUAGUAACUGAGAGACUACUAUUUUUUCUAAUCAGUUUAAUUAGUGGGGAAGCUGGGGGGAUAUUUAGACUCAGUAUUAACUGUUUUAUUUAAUACGUUUGGAGAAAUACUUAAAAUAAUGCCUCAAUUGUUUAGGAGGUUUCUACUUAAAUGGUUUCUAUACUGUGUUUUAUUGUAUCAUAAAACUUGCUAUUUUUACAUCUAUAGACAAUAAUUGUUUUUAAUGUACGUUUCUACAGCAUUAACAAUACAACGGUAUUUUACAGUGUUAUGAGCCUCUUCAUUUGUUGGAUUAAAACUUAGAAUAUUA